AUGGCUAAGAAAAAGACUCUGAAGCAGCAAGACUUCCAAAAGAAGAAACUGAAAGUGGGAAAACCGAAAAUACCUGCUUCGAAUGUGACUGACGCAUCAUUUGUUGCAAAAACCAUCCAUCUACCUAAUCAGACGAAGUUACAGUUAACUGCUGAUUUGCAAGGCGACAUUACAAGAAGGCUUUCGCUGUGUAAACACCAUAGUGAUGUUACUAGGAAAGAAACUUUGAUCUACUUUCAAUCCGUGGUGCCCCGGGUUAUUCAUGGAAAGGUAAUGUCUCGUCUAAUGAAUAGUUGUAUUCCUUUAAUGUGCGAUACGGAACGGUCAGUGCGGGAUGAAUUGCUCAAAUUGUUCGAUAUAGUAGGAGAGAACAAUGCGAAUGUGCUUAAACUUCAAAUCAGACCGUUGGUUCUAUUUAUUAGUAGCGCGAUGACACAUAUUUCUAGCACAGUACAACGUGAUUGUGGGAAAUUUCUGAAAUGCAUAAUGAAACAUUGUGGUGACGAACUGGUAAGAUGUUCGUGGGUGAAAAUUUUAAAGGGUAUGCUAACUGUUCUUGGAUGGCCCUUGACAGAUGAGAUGAAUCCCUCUUCAGGAGGAGGUUUCAAAAUGGUCCUAAACAGCAGCAACGUCGUUAACAUAAACAAAGACAAGAAAUUUCAGCACCAUAAUAUACAGGCACUUACCGAAUUCAUACGUAUAGGCUGCCUAGAAUCUCACAACAUCCCAUUGGAGAAUGCCAAUGAUAAAAGCGACCGCGUCUUGUAUGGGAAAUACCUCAUUCCGAACUACCCGCAGCCUUAUGCAUACUUGAAGCUUUCCAUUCGUGAGUUCAACUCCCGCUUGACAGGUAGCCCCAGAUCUUCCAACAAGGAUAUCUUUACACUUCAUGAGCUGGAAACCAUUGCCUGCGAAGAUCUCUCCACAAGACGCCACGUCUUCCUAGACCAUUUUCACGACAGAAUUAUGCUUCAUCUGCCUUCAUUAAUCAAAGACGGCGGCGAUCGUGGCCGCAGCGCAAGCAGUCUGCUGAAGCUGCUCGAGCAACUUCAGCAGACUGCAUCAUAG